AUGCCCAGUGCUAUGGUCCUCCUGAUGCUGUGCAAGAUUGGUCUGAGAGGAACACUGAAAACGACUUUUUCUGGGAAAAUGGUAAACGCUGUCCUCGGUGAUGAAGAAAGGGGAAUUCAAGACAAAGAGGGCACGGAGGAGUCCAUCUUGGCCCUGCUGGGUAUCGCCGGGACCAUACUGAACCUAGUGGUCAUCAUCUUUGUCUACAUCUACACAACCUUGUAG